UCGCUCUCCCCCCCCCCCCAGCUGUUGCCUCCUCUCAGUCUCGCGCUCCCCGCGCUGCCGUUGGCGGAGCCGAGCGGAACCGAACGGACCCGAGCGGUGCUGGACGGAGCCGAACGAACCCGAGUGGAGCCGAGCGGUACCGAGUGGAGCCGAACAGCACCGAGCGGUGCCGAGGUGCGGCGCCGGGCAGGCGCCUAAAAUGACUGUGUGAAGUCAGUGGAAUAAAUGGCGUCCAAAGUAACUGAUGCUAUAGUUUGGUACCAGAAAAAGAUUGGAGCAUAUGAUCAACAAAUAUGGGAAAAGUCAGUAGAGCAAAGAGAAAUAAAGUUUAUUAGACUGGUAGCAGAAAGGUGUUCAGUGGUGCAUAGAAAUUGUGGUUUGAGAAACAAACCAAAGAAAACAGGACAUGUGAAACCAGACCUCAUAGAUGUUGAUCUUGUAAGAGGAUCUGCUUUUGCUAAAGCAAAACCUGAAAGUCCUUGGACCUCUCUGACCCGCAAAGGAAUCGUGAGAGUUGUUUUCUUUCCAUUCUUCUACAGGUGGUGGCUACAAGUGACAUCAAGAGUCAUCUUUUUCUGGCUGCUUGUUCUUUAUCUUCUUCAAGUUGCUGCUGUAGUGUUAUUUUAUACAGCCCAGAGCCCACAUAAUAUACCUCUGACUGAAGUAAUUGGGCCAGUAUGGCUCAUGUUGCUACUUGGAACUGUGCAUUGUCAGAUUGUUUCAACACGAACUCCUAAGCCACCUCCCAGCACAGGGGUUAAAAGAAGAAGGAAAUUAAGGAAAGCAGCACAUUUGGAAGUACAUAGGGAAGGAGAUGGCUCUAGUACCACAGAUAACACACAGGAGGGAACAGUGCAGAGCUACGGUACAAGCACCUCUUACAGUAUUGGCGCUGUCUUCAGAGAUAUCUGGCAUGCCGCUUUCUUUUUAUCAGGAGCUAAGAAAGCAAAAAACUCAAUAGAUAAAUCCACUGAGACUGAUAACGGCUACGUGUCCCUUGAUGGGAAAAAGACAGGUAAAAGCAGUGAAGAAUGUAUACAGGCCCAUGAACGUCCCUGUGAAGUGGUUAAGCCAGAAGAAUUAGGGUGGAGCACUGCAACACUGAGAGAUACCUUCAACAAUCCCAGUCAUCACAAAGAUGCUCACAGAACUGUGACAAAUUUAUCAGAUGAAGUUUCUAGUGAAGAAGGGCCUGAAACUGGAUAUUCAUUACGUCGCAAUGUGGAACGAACAUCUAGUGACUGCACACUUCGAAACAGGAAAUCUCAUCAUUAUAAGAAACAGUAUCCUAUGGAGGAUACACCUAAAUCAGGUACUAGCUGCAGUUCCCGGUGUUCAAGCUCCAGACAAGAUUCUGAGAGUGCAAGGCCAGAAUCAGAAACUGAAGAUGUGCUGUGGGAGGACCUCCUACACUGUGCAGAGUGCCACUCCUCAUGUUCCAGUGAAACAGAUGUAGAAAGCCCUCAAGUGAAUCCAUGUGUGAAGAAAGAAUAUAGAGAUGACCCAUUUCAUCAGAGUCACUUGCCUUGGAUCCAUAGCCUGAAUCCAGGACUAGAAAAAAUAAGUGCAAUUGUAUGGGAGGGUAAUGAGUGCAAGAAAGCAGAUAUGUCUGUUCUUGAAAUCAGUGGUAUGAUAAUGAACAGAGUGAACAGUUAUAUACCAGGAAUCGGUUAUCAGAUUUUUGGAAACGUCAUAUCUUUAAUCUUGGGCUUAAUGCCAUUUGUAUUUCGACUUUCCCAAGCUAAAGAUUUGGAACAGCUAGCUACACAUUCUGCCUCUGAACUUUGUAUUACUGCAUUCGGAUCAAAUGGAGACGUACUGGUUCUCUCAAUGGUUGUUAUAAGUUUCGUGGUCCGUGUGUCUCUAGUGUGGAUUUUCUUUUUCCUGCUGUGCGUAGCAGAGAGAACAUACAAACAGAGGCUACUUUUUGCCAAACUUUUUGGUCAUCUUACAUCUGCCAGGAGAGCAAGAAAAUCAGAGGUCCCUCAUUUCCGUUUGAAGAAAGUACAGAAUAUAAAAAUGUGGCUUUCUCUCAGGUCCUAUCUAAAGCGUCGAGGUCCUCAGCGCUCAGUUGAUGUCAUAGUUUCAUCUGCCUUCCUACUGACUAUCUCUGUUGUAUUUAUCUGUUGUGCACAGCUGCUUCACAUGCAUGAGAUCUUCCUUGAUUGUCACUACAAUUGGGAACUAGUAAUUUGGUGCAUUUCACUAACACUUUUUCUUUUACGAUUUGUUACUCUUGGAUCUGAAACCAGUAAAAAAUACAGCAAUACCUCAAUAUUACUUACUGAGCAGAUAAACUUGUACUUGAAAAUGGAGAAAAAGCCUAAUAAGAAGGAGGAACUGACACUAGUGAACAACGUUUUAAAACUUGCUACUAAGUUACUGAAGGAACUGGACAGUCCCUUUAGGCUAUAUGGGCUUACAAUGAAUCCACUGCUUUAUAAUAUCACCCAAGUUGUCAUCCUGUCUGCUGUUUCUGGUGUCAUCAGCGACUUGCUUGGAUUUAAUCUAAAGCUGUGGAAGAUCAAAUCUUGACAACAUAUAAAGAAGAUGAGAUAACAGUGUUAUAGAAAAGCUCACUGAUUGACAAAACUGCCUCAAAGCAGCCACUGAAUCUGUAUUUCAGACGCUACAACCUCUUCAAGGAUGUUGUUUGAAAAACUGAAGUGUUUACAUCUGACUGUCUUGUGCAAUCUUUGUAUUUAUUUCAUCUUCUCACUGUUUUAUUUUCAUUUUAGUUGACAUUUUAUUUUCAAACAUAUUUGUUUAGUUUUGGAAAAGAUCAGAUUUUGGAAGGGUCAAAAACCAAGCAUCUGACAACUUGAAAUCCUAGCAAUUGAGCACACUAAAUUACUGUCUUUGCUGUUACAGCUGAGGCCAAUGUUGAUUGUUUUUAGUUGCAUCUGAAAGUCAUUUAAUAUUUGAUUAAGUGUGGUAAAACAGCUUAGAAUAUUUCAUUUGCACCAAUCAUUUACAAGGAUUACAGAACAUCUCUCAAUGUUUGGUUGCAAUAGAGAAGACACAAAAAACAAGGUACUGACAAUACAGUAUGACAGGUAGCAGAAAUAUUUUAUAUUAGUAUUAGAAGCAAGUGGGAAUUUUUAAUAUUUUGAGUAAUUCCAGGAUCUAAACUGAAGAGACUGCAGUUUAAAUACCCUGGGAUAUUAAUAAGGUAUUAUAUAACAGGUCAACAAGUGCUCUUUGUUAACACUUUUAUUAGAGCAAUAAUUGUAAAUGGUUACCAUGCUGUAUGAUAUUUUGAUAAAAAUUAAAUAUUGUAUUUAUUUGGAAUACUGGGCUGUUCAGCGCAGCUCUGACUGUGCAUGCUCAAUAUCUGCACUUUUUAUUGUUACUUUUAAUGAGAAACUUUAUAUAUAUAUAUAUACAUAUAAAUGUAUAUUAAUUGGAAUAUAUUAUGGUGAACUAUGAAGCAGUAUAUAUUAUAUGGUGAAACUGAGUAUUUAAACAGGCAAAAGACAUACUGGUGAACGGAAUGCUAUGAGUAACUGAGCGUAAGAUACAUGCUGUCCUCUUGUCCACUAUAGUAUAUGCCAUUCAUACCACACUGAAGUUUAAGAACAGUUAAACAUGGAAAACGAGUUCUUCUGGUGGGCAGCAGAACUAAUGAAGCCACAUACUCUCAUAUUUGUGUCUUCAGGUAACCUCCUUUCCACCCCCAUUCCUCUCUAGCGCUUUUCCAGCGAGCUUGAGCCUUUGGUUUCCCAUCUCUCCCCCUGCCUUCUGUCCGUGCCUCACAUGUGGACCAGUCUUACUGACUUGUGGUUCUUCAUCGUGACAAAAAGAAAUGGUCAUCCCUGUAGAAUUAAGUUUCUUGGAACAGAAUUUCCACUUAUAUUAGGAGAAUUAAUAUUGGCUCAAGUAUCCUCACAUUUUAUGUUCCUAAAGUAAUGGCUUCAUAGUGAAAAAUGACAGUAGUUAUGUUACAAGAGUGUGGACAUUAUACUAGAUUUGAUCUUCAUUUCCUUUAAAGAUUUGAAGUAAUGUAUCUUAAACUUCUGUGGUAUAAAAAUAUUUUUAUAUAUAAAGCAACACAAACAAGCAUUUUGUAUUUUAUUUGCCUCUGUACUAAUGUUUAAUAAUGACCAAAGUGCAUUCUGGUUUUUGAAAGAAUGUAUUCCUGGAGCUUUAAGAACAUACUCUCUUUAGUUUCUCAUGCAAAAACUUCGGCUGCAUCUGAUCUGUUUCUUCUUUCUCUGUUGUCUGAUGUUGGGAUUGUUUUUAAAAAUUGCGUACAUUUUAUACACAGUUUUUUCCAAAUUAUGGUACAGACCUACAUAGAACUUAAUUUUGCACAAAAUAUAUUUUAAGAAAAAAAGUACAGCAGGAGUUCCAUGGGGGAUAAAAGAUAAGGCUGUGGCUUUCUACAGCCUGUUACUAAUACAAAACCACUCUUUAGAAUGGAAUUCUUUUUAAAAAAACCAACAAUCUGUAAUGGUGAAUACACUGCUUUCAGUACCUUUAAAAUAAUAAUUUAAAAAAAGGGUGGGAAAACAUUGCAGUUUCGGUUGAAUGGGAAAUUAGUUUAACCACAUAUACCUCAGCAACUAGCACUGUGCUGGAUUGUUGCACUAAUAAUGGUGACUUGGGAGGAGUAAAAUAUGUGUGAAAUGAAAUUUAAAAAAAAAUAAUAAUAAAAACCUUUUAUUUGCUACCAUUAGGUAUAUUCAUUAUCUUAAAAAUGGGAGAGGUUUAUUGUAUCCCUUGAUCUGGAAAACCCAGUAUGAAACUAGAGGCAAGUAGAAAUAUGGCAGAUCUUGCGUGUUAACUGUUCUUUUCGCCACAUGUUUUGUAACUGAAAGUGUGGAAUAAAGCUUUCUAUGGUUGAUGGUGAAAAAGAA